GGGGCAGCGCAGUUAUUGUCUGAGGCUUUGGGGCCUCGGCGCUUGCAGGGAGCCGCUGGCGGUUAGGCCGGGCGGCCUUUUAAUUCCACCCCGCGCCUUCCUCCGCGGGUCCUUAAUUCCCAAUUCGGAGGCACCUCCAGGGGGAGCGGGUUCCUCAGCUGCCCGUGGGCAAGGUCCGCAAGCCGCGUCUCGUCUAGGGCUGCCGCCACCCAACAUUUCCGCCGAGAACAGCGCCGGAAAAGGAGCUCUUUUUAAAAAGACAUAUUCUGGUCCCUCACGGGCCGUGUGUGUGUGUGUGUGUGUGUGUGUGUGUGUGUGUUUUGUCACUUUUCUACACACACGCACACCUACCCACCGACUCCUUCAGACGGCCGGCCGUUAUUUAUUUAUUUUAGACUGAGGUGAAAAGCUCAAACGUGAAAUAAAACGUCCGUGGCCCUCAGCUCGAGCUAUAGAGACAGGAAAAGGCGGCGAGGGGGUGGUACUACGCGCGUGGCCGUGGGCUCGCGCGUGCGCGCUGAACCUUUGAAGGGAGGAGGGACAAGGGAGGAGAGCCUGCGGUGUGAGUGUGCGCGCGGCCCACAAAGCGAGAGUGUGUGUGAGAGAGAGAGGGGGGGGAAAGGGGGGAGUUCUUCCUUGUGUGGAUGCGCGCGCGCGCGCAUUAGCGUGAGGGCAACCUUGGGGCCCCGUCGGACUGCGCGUGCGUGUGUGAGGGCGCGCGCGCGCGCGCUGGGUGGGAAAAGGAUCUUUCUCUGUGUGGGAAGGAAGGCCCCCCAUCCCACCCCCCCUCACAUACACGCCGCCACCCCCCCCCCCCAAAUUGCGGUGCAUGAGAGAAGCGUGUGUGUGCGUGCGCGCGCCUGCAGCCGUGUGCCGGCCGCGGGUGGCUUCCCUCUCCCCUCCCCCCACUUUUCUUUUGAAAAAAAAGGCUUUUCUAUAUAUAUAUAUAUAUUUAUAAUUAUUUAUACUGAGGUGAGGGACAAAAAAUGGCAAAAUCCGGAGGAGGUGGUGGAGGAGGUGGAGGCGGCGGCGGCGGUGGAGGAGGAGGAGGAGGAGGAGGAGGCGGCGGCGGCGGCAGCGGGGGUUUAACCUGGGUGACACUUUUUGAUAAUCAGAAUAAUGCUGCAAAAAAGGAAGAACCUGAACACAUGAAUAAGAAUGAUUCAAAGAAGAUGUCUGUUGAGAGAGUUUAUCAGAAGAAGACUCAGCUUGAGCAUAUUCUUCUCCGUCCUGAUACAUACAUUGGUUCAGUGGAACCUGUAACUCAGCUGAUGUGGGUGUUUGAUGAAGAUAUAGGAAUGAAUUGUAGAGAGAUUACCUAUGUACCUGGCUUAUACAAGAUCUUCGAUGAAAUUCUUGUAAAUGCUGCAGACAAUAAACAGAGGGAUAAGAAUAUGACAUGUAUUAAAAUAUCAAUUGAUCCUGAAUCAAAUAUUAUAAGUAUCUGGAAUAAUGGAAAAGGCAUUCCAGUUGUGGAACACAAGGUAGAAAAGAUGUAUGUUCCUGCCUUAAUCUUUGGACAGCUGUUAACUUCCAGCAAUUAUGAUGAUGAUGAGAAAAAAGUUACAGGUGGUCGUAAUGGCUAUGGUGCAAAACUUUGUAAUAUAUUCAGUACAAAGUUUACAGUUGAAACUGCUUGCAAGGAGUACAAACACAGCUUUAAACAGACUUGGAUGAACAAUAUGAUGAAGACUUCUGAUGCCAAGAUAAAACAUUUUGAAGGCGAUGACUACACAUGUGUCACAUUCCAACCAGAUCUUGCUAAAUUUAAGAUGGAAAAACUUGACAAAGAUACUGUGGCCCUCAUGACAAGAAGAGCUUAUGAUUUGGCAGGAGCAUGUAAAGGGGUCAAAGUUAUGUUUAAUGGAAAGAAACUACCUGUGAAUGGUUUUCGUAGUUACGUUGAUCUUUACGUAAAAGACAAGUUGGAUGAAACUGGAGUUGCUCUGAAAGUUAUCCAUGAACUUGCAAAUGAACGCUGGGACGUGUGUCUCACUUUAAGUGAGAAAGGAUUUCAGCAAAUUAGCUUUGUGAACAGUAUUGCUACCACAAAGGGUGGUAGGCACGUUGAUUAUGUUGUAGAUCAAGUUGUUGGAAAAUUGAUAGAGGUGGUGAAGAAAAAGAACAAAGCUGGUGUUUCAGUGAAACCAUUCCAGGUAAAGAACCACAUAUGGGUUUUUAUUAAUUGCCUCAUUGAGAACCCAUCUUUUGAUUCUCAAACGAAAGAGAACAUGACACUUCAGCCUAAAAGUUUUGGGUCCAAAUGCCAGUUAUCGGAGAAGUUUUUCAAAGCAGCCUCUAAUUGUGGUAUUGUAGAAAGCAUCCUGAAUUGGGUGAAAUUCAAGGCACAAACACAGCUGAACAAAAAAUGUUCAUCAGUGAAACACAGCAAAAUUAAGGGCAUUCCAAAACUUGAUGACGCUAAUGAUGCUGGUGGCAAACAUUCCUUGGAUUGUACAUUGAUUUUAACUGAGGGAGACUCUGCCAAAUCUUUAGCUGUCUCUGGCUUAGGCGUUAUUGGAAGAGAUAGAUAUGGGGUGUUUCCACUCAGAGGUAAAAUUCUCAACGUUCGAGAAGCGUCUCACAAACAGAUUAUGGAAAAUGCAGAAAUUAACAACAUCAUAAAAAUUGUAGGUCUACAAUACAAGAAAAGUUAUGAAGAUCCAGAGUCUCUGAAAUCAUUAAGAUAUGGCAAAAUAAUGAUCAUGACUGAUCAGGAUCAGGAUGGCUCUCACAUUAAAGGCUUGCUGAUCAAUUUUAUUCAUCAUAAUUGGCCUUCCCUUCUGAAACAUGGAUUUCUUGAAGAAUUCAUCACUCCAAUUGUAAAGGCAAGCAAAAAUAAGCAGGAACUUGCCUUCUAUAGUAUUCCUGAAUUUGAUGAAUGGAAAAAACAUAUGGAGAACCAUAAAGCAUGGAAAAUAAAGUACUACAAAGGUUUGGGCACCAGCACUUCUAAAGAAGCAAAAGAAUAUUUUGCAGAUAUGGAGAGACAUCGAAUUUUAUUUCGAUAUGCUGGUCCUGAAGAUGAUGCUGCCAUUACAUUGGCCUUCAGUAAGAAAAAAAUUGAUGACCGGAAAGAGUGGCUGACAAAUUUCAUGGAAGAUAGACGACAGCGUCGAUUACAUGGAUUACCAGAGCAAUUUCUAUAUGGUACAGCAACAAAACAUCUCACUUACAAUGACUUCAUCAACAAGGAGUUGAUUCUUUUCUCCAACUCGGACAAUGAGCGAUCCAUUCCAUCCCUUGUUGAUGGUUUUAAACCAGGACAACGCAAAGUUUUGUUCACUUGUUUUAAAAGAAAUGAUAAGCGUGAAGUUAAAGUUGCUCAGCUGGCUGGUUCUAUUGCUGAGAUGUCAGCGUACCAUCAUGGAGAGCAAGCUUUGAUGAUGACCGUUGUCAACUUGGCUCAGAAUUUCGUUGGAAGUAACAAUGUCAGUUUACUGCAGCCUAUUGGUCAGUUUGGUACUAGGCUUCAUGGUGGCAAGGAUGCUGCAAGUCCUCGUUACAUUUUCACUAUGCUAAGCCCUUUAGCAAGGCUGCUUUUUCCCGCAGUGGAUGAUAAUCUGCUUAAAUUCCUUUUUGAUGAUAACUUGCGUGUGGAGCCUGAAUGGUACAUUCCCAUAAUUCCCAUGGUCUUGAUAAACGGUGCUGAGGGCAUCGGAACAGGAUGGGCAUGUAAAAUUCCAAACUACGAUACCAGAGAGAUUGUGAACAACGUCAGAAGAAUGCUGGACGGGUUGGACCCACUUCCUAUGCUUCCAAACUACAAAAACUUCAAAGGAAUGAUCCAGGAACUUGGUCAGAACCAAUAUGUAGUGAGUGGGGAAAUAUUUGUGGUUGACAGGAACACAGUGGAAAUCACAGAGCUUCCAGUUCGAACAUGGACUCAGGUUUACAAAGAACAGGUGUUAGAGCCGAUGCUGAAUGGAACGGAAAAAACAGCAGCAUUAAUUUCAGAUUACAAGGAGUAUCACACUGAUACAACUGUGAAAUUUGUUGUGAAAAUGACCGAAGAGAAGCUUGCUCAGGCCGAGGCGGCUGGACUGCACAAAGUCUUUAAGCUUCAGACAAGUUUAACUUGUAAUUCUAUGGUGCUAUUUGAUCACAUGGGGUGUCUGAAGAAGUAUGAAACUGUGCAAGAUAUUCUGAAGGAAUUCUUUGACUUACGAUUAAACUACUACAGCUUGCGCAAGGAGUGGCUUGUAGGGAUGUUGGGGGCAGAAUCCACCAAGCUUAACAAUCAGGCUCGCUUUAUUCUAGAGAAAAUACAAGGGAAAAUUACCAUAGAAAAUAAAUCAAAGAGAGAUUUGAUUCAGAUGUUAGUCCAGAGAGGCUAUGAAUCUGACCCAGUGAAAGCCUGGAAAGAAGCACAAGAAAAGGCAGCAGAAGAGGAAGAAAUGCAGAAUCUCAAUGAUGACAGUUCCUCUGUUUCCGGAUCUACCUCAGGCCCAGAUUUCAACUACAUCUUAAAUAUGUCUUUGUGGUGUCUUACUAAAGAGAAAGUAGAAGAUAUCAUUAAGCAGCGAGACACAAAAGGAAAGGAACUCACUGACCUCAAGAGAAAAUCUCCUUCAGACCUUUGGAAAGAAGAUUUAGCAGCCUUUGUAGAAGAGCUUGAUAAAGUAGAAGCACAGGAAAGAGAAGAUGUCAUGUCUGGCAUGACAGCAAAACCUAUUAAAGGCAAAGUUGGUAAACCCAAGAUGAAGAAACUUCACAUAGAAGAGACAAUGCCAUCGCCAUUUGGUAGGAGAAUAGUUCCACAGAUUACAUCUGCUAUGAAAGCUGAUGCCAGUAAGAAACUGCUAAAAAAGAAGAAGGCAAAACUGGAUACUCUAGCAAUAAAACUGGAAUUUGAUGAAGAGUUUGGUGGCAUACCAGUCGAAGCUGCUGGUGAAGAUUCGCUUAAUACCUCUGUCCCAGUGGCUAGCCCAGUGGUUAGCCCAGUGGCUAUCCCAGUGGCUAAAACACCUAAGCCCAAGAGAGAGAAGAAAGAGCCUGGCCCUAGGGUGAGAAGAACACCAUCUUCCGCCCCAAAGUCCAGUGCGAAGAAAGUGAAGAAACGGAACCCGUGGUCAGAUGAUGAAACUAAAUCUGAAAGUGACUUGGAGGAAAACGAACCUGUGAUUAUUCCAAGAGACUCGUUACUUAGAAGAGCCGCAGCUGAAAGGCCUAAGUACACCUUCGAUUUCUCAGAAGAGGAAGACGAUGGUGAUGUUGAGGGUGACGAAGAUGCUAACAAUAAUAAUGAUCUAGAUGAACUGAAAAUAAAAACAUCUCCCAUCAUCAAUGACAGAGAAGAUGAAUUUGAGCCCUCGGAUGGUCUAGAAAAGGAUGAAUAUGACUUCUCCCCAGUCAAAUCGAAACCUUCUCCAGAGAAGAUUUCCCCAGAGAAGACUAAUCAAGACUUCGGCAACCUCUUCACCUUUCCUUCUUAUUCCCGGAAAGCCAAUAUUGAUACAUCCAAGUUUGACAGUGAUGAAGAAGAUUCAACACCAGUCUUCUCCUCCUCUUUUACUCAGAAACAGACAGAGAAACCUCCAAGUAAAGUAGUAGUUGCUAAAAAAGCAGCAAAACUGCCGGCGGAUGUGCCCUCUAAACCGAAAAGACCUCCUAAGCCCAAGAAGAUGGAAAUAAUAAACUCUGAUUCAGAACCUGAAUUCGGCAUCCCAAAGAAGGCUGCAACUCCCAAAGUAGGAAAAGGCAGAGGAGCAAAGAAAAGGAAAGCAUCUGGUUCUGAAAACGAAGGUGAAUAUAACCCGGGGAAGAAAACACCCAAGUCUACGCCAAGCAAGAAACCGAAGAAAGCCUCCUUUGAUCAGGACUCAGAUGUAGACAUCUUCCCCUCAGAGUUUGCCUCUGAGGCAGCCUCCAGGCCGCGGACUGGACGGGCGAGAAAAGAAGUGAAAUAUUUUGCAGAGUCUGAUGAUGACGACGAUUUUGCGAUGUUUAAUUAAGUGCCCAAAGAGCACACAAACUUCCAACAAAUAUCUUAUGUUGUCCCUUUGUCCCUUUUUGUCGCAGACUUUUUGUACAUUUGACUUAUUUUAUGUGAUGAUGUAAUUGAUGGUUUUUUUCUUAUUGUGCGUAGGCAUUUUAACAUUUUGUUCUUACACCGACAGUUUUAUGCUCUUUUUUACU